CUAUAGAUCUUUUGUCCCCUACAGCACCCCGUCCCCGGCCACGUCACGUGAUUGCCAGAAGUUGGAGCACGUGAGGACAGGAGUGCGUGUGUGAGAGGAGAGAUCGGCAUUAACCCUAUAAGAAAUGGCCCUUAAUAAGUCAAUGCAUCCAAGAAACCGCUAUAAGGACCAACCUCCAAACUUUGCCCACUUGGCUUCCAAGUAUCCAGAGUUUAAGAAGCAUGUUAGUGUGGGCCUGUCCGGGAGAGUAAGUUUGAACUUCAAAGACCCUGAAGCUGUCCGAGCCUUGACUUGUACUCUCCUAAAGGAAGACUUUGGACUGACCAUUGACAUACCCCUGGAAAGGCUUAUUCCCACUGUACCCCUGCGACUCAACUAUAUCCACUGGGUGGAAGAUAUUCUUGAUUACCAUAGCUCUGACAAAUCUACAGUGCGACGUGGGAUUGACAUAGGUACUGGAGCAUCCUGCAUCUAUCCAUUGCUGGGGGCCACGCUAAACGGCUGGUAUUUCCUCGCAACUGAAGUGGAUGACAUCUGUUUCAAUUAUGCAAAGAAAAACGUUGAGCAGAAUAACUUGGCUGAUCUGAUUAAAGUGGUUAAAGUCCCCCAGAAAACACUUCUAAUGGAUGCCCUAAAAGAAGAAUCGGAUAUCAUGUAUGAUUUUUGUAUGUGCAAUCCUCCGUUUUUUGCCAACCAGAUGGAAGCUCAGGGAGUGAACUCGCGAAACCCUCGCCGCCCUCCUCCAAGUUCUGUGAACACGGGUGGCAUUACUGAGAUCAUGGCAGAGGGGGGAGAGCUGGAGUUUGUAAAGAGAAUCAUCCAUGACAGCCUCCAACUAAAGAAAAGGUUAAGAUGGUACAGCUGCAUGCUGGGUAAGAAGUGCAGUUUGGCGCCAUUGAAGGAAGAGCUACAAAUACAAGGGGUAUCCAAAGUUGCGUAUACAGAAUUUUAUCAGGGAAAAACCAUGCGUUGGGCACUGGCAUGGAGCUUCUAUGAUGAUGUGACAAUCCCUGCUCCACCCUCCAAAAAAAGAAAAUUGGAGAAGCCACGCAAGCCCAUGAUGUUUACUAUGCUGGAGACAACCGUGCUAAUGCUGAAGGAAAAAUUUAAUGGCUCCCAGAACCCAACUCCCAGCUAUGUGGCUGUGGUCACAGGCUUUCUAAAAAAGAUUCUUACAGAUCUAAAGGUUGAGCAUAAACCUAUGACUUGUGGGAAAGAAGAAGAGAGCUUAUUUCUUACAGCAAUUGAAAACUCCUGGGUCCAUAACCGCAGAAAGAAAAGGAACCAAAUCAGACAGCUUAGAGAGUUGCCUCGUGCUCCUGAGGUGGAUUUCAGGCACAUGAGUAAAAUUGAGACACCGACACUAAAGGAAGAUUCACGGAAAGAUGUCCAAACACCAGAGGCAUCUGGAGCCCCUGAGGAUAAAAUUAAAUCUACUCCAGACUUCAGUAGUGCAACAUCUGCAUCCUCCGAUCCAGACCCCAUGCAACAUCCAGACGAUACCAAUCCAGAGUCUAUUGGGGAAGAAACCUUGGUAUUAUCUGAUGAAGCCAAGGACACCUCACGCUCUCAGAAUACUGAAACAGAUGAUCCUGAUUCUACUAAAGAACUGAACCAGAUUACAGGAGAGGGGUCACAGCCAGUUCAGGGCAAUGGUUCUCCUUUUCUUUUUAAAUGCAUGCUGAAUGUAAAAAAGGAGGCUUCUAAUGUGUUGGUUGAAAUGUACUGGGUGGAGGGACAAAACAAGGACUUAAUGAACCAGCUGUGUACCUACCUACGCAAUCAACUUUGUAGACUUGCAAGCAGCUAGCUUCUUUUCCACAAUCCACGAAGAGAGAAAUCUAUAUUUUUUUCUUAUAUUUGUAACAUUUUUAUGCAAUUUAUUAAAUUCUUUUUGGUCAUCCACACCAAUACUUAAACUU